AUUAAAUAAAUGAAGAAACCUCAUGUGUACACAGUAAUUGCACAAAGAAUUAAUUUUCAUUACUCCUGCUGUAACAUAAGUGAUUAAAAUAAAGUUGAAAAAUGUAAUAAUAGCUUGUAAAACACGAAUGAGCGACAUAUACUGGAGAGAGAGGUAGAGGUAGUAUUGCAUUCAUUCACUCUCAAGUCUUCACUAUUACUACUACUAGUGACCGGCGGCGAUAGACUGCUAUGGCGUCGAACCAAGUUAGGGCAUCGCAUAUACUGAUCAAACACGAGGGAUCUAGGCGUAAAUCUUCAUGGAAAGAUCCAGAAGGUCGCAUCAUCUCUAAUACCACAAGAGACGCCGCCGUUUCUCAGCUCAAAUCCUUUCGCGAUGACAUCAUCUCCGGCAAGUCUAAAUUCGCUGAUGUUGCUUCUCGCUUUUCUGAUUGCAGCUCCGCCAAACGCGGCGGCGAUCUCGGUCCAUUCGGUCGAGGGCAGAUGCAGAAACCUUUUGAAGAUGCAACUUAUGUGCUGAAGGUUGGUGAGGUCAGUGACAUCAUUGAUACUGACAGUGGGGUUCACAUAAUCCUGAGAACCGGUUAACAUUUCUACAGAUUCAAGAGCAAUUACAAGUUGUAACGUUUCUUUUCUUUUUAUUCUAGUGUUUCAAAGACCACCGUCCCUCGCUUGCGUCUCAUAGCAGCAACAAACUUAUAAAUUUUGAUUGUAAUAUCUAUCAGUCAAAUACAACUCCAGAAGACUGAUGUUUAUAGACGUUUUUAUUUCCAAUGUGUGAAGAGUUCCUUAACUUGUGGCACCUUUAAGGAAAUUUUUGAUGCA